AUGAGGGCUUUAGACACGAUCCUCUUUGCCGUAGCACUCACUCUCGGCUGGCUCGGAGUCAUAGUGCAAUGUCUUCCAGCCUCUGACUCCUCUUCGCCUUCCAAGUCUCCGCCAUCGACUUCUCCCGAAUCGAGCUCCCAGACGCUGACCGAAGAGCCCGGGACUCCUCCUAGCGAGCAUGGUCUGGGCGAGAUCGGCAAUCAGAUCGUGCCCGCUCAGCCACUCGCGCAAGAUGUUGUUCCUCAGGUAACCCAAGGAUCUCAACAGACUGAGCGCCAUUUUCAAGCUCAGCCUGUUCAGUUCAGCCCAGAUUGGCGGCCGAGCGACGUACUAGCAGCGCCUCCGCUCUUCCAGUCGGAGUACGCAUUCUGGCAAGCUCUACCCAAGACUCGAGGCGAGAGCAGCGGGUCGCGCGCUCCAAUCGAUCCGUUUGAGGCGACGAUAGCAAGUGCCAAACCUUUCGCGCUUCCCCCUCACGGCGAGCUACGAUCGAAUCCCGCUCGUUUCGUGUACCCGCAGCAUGACGCUAUUCUGAGCGGACGCCCACUGACCCCAACCGAGUGGCAAGAGGUGCAGAGGACACAGACGCCAAUUACAAACCUUCAUCCGCCGCUCUAUAAUGUUCCGAUCCGCUCUUCUGGGUGGCCUACUUAUGGUCCCGUCCGACUCCCGGUUCAAGCGGGGGCAACCGGGCAGCCAAUCGUCGCAGUUGACGCCUCAGCUGGGUCGUCUGGCGCUCAAGCACCGCAGCAGCCCAACCUGAACCCGACCAAUGCGGGUCCCUCUGUGACACGGAAGCGAGGAAAGUCGCGUGCGGUCGACCCGAUCUCCGUUCAAGCAGCGUCUCCAGUCGCCUCGGACCACGGCUUAGUCCUUGCGGACCCCAACUACGUCCCACCCUUCCAGCCUGGAUCGACACCCAUCCAACACAAGAUCUCCCGCUUCCGCUUCCCGAACCGAACGCCUCUUCUCCGACCCCCAUCCGCGGGCCGGGCCAGCUUCACCAACAUCGUCGACCGAGGCGGCGGCUACGUGCGCUACGCCGUCGACCCUGAACUCGCCACGUCCAUCUCAACCCCGCUGCUCUCCGGUCAACGCCUCAUCGCCACCAAGGACAUGUGGAGAAGACUCGGAAUGCGCGUCGUCUUUGCCAAGGACAACAGAAUCGCGUACGCCCUCGCAGACCCAAAAACGCUCAAACAGGCGUUUCCCACCAUGGCCGACGAGGACAAGAUCAAGUUGAGCGAGGAUAGAGCCGCGCUCAUCGAGAUCGAGAAGGACGGAACGGGCAAUUUUUUUAGAUUGUUCGGCGUGCUCGAUCCCAAGGUGCUCGGACGGGUUUGA